AUGCUAGCAUUUGUAGUAAUUUUUUUGUCAUUUACACUCGGUGCCAGUGUUUCCUUGUGCAUUAUCGUUAUGGGAUCGUCUCCACGUUAUCGCAAUAGUGUCAUUGGAAGGAUUUACGAAAUGGCAAUUUAUGUCCCUAUUAUAUGUGGGGGCGCUUGUUUUAGUCUUUUCUACUUCUGCGACCAGCGAAAAGGGCGUGAGGCCUAUGAACAGUGGUGGGAUAGUACUUCCAAAUACCGUGAAUGGACCUUUGUGAUUCUUUACGCUGCGUUAGUCUGGCCUAUAGAGUACGUCUAUCUGUUACAUGCCUUACCUGAACUGAGCGCUUCCACGUGGUCUAAGGCUCUUUCCUGGGCGUUAGUCCUUUCCUCGGAGGUAUUUUAUGCCCUAGCCGUUUUUACCAACCCGGGCAGGGUGACACCGGGGUGGGAAUUGGAGAAGCAGCGCGAGUACGUUUUCCGAAGCAAAAAAAAAUCCUUUCCUGCUCAGAAAAGAACCAAUGGCUCGGCAAGGAAACAAAAAAAAGAUCAGACAACUUAUACCAAUUUACUUAUAAAACUAUGCGAUAGCAUUAAAAAACAUUUUUGUUGGAAGUGGAGAUGCUCAGCAUUUCGAGAAGAGGAAGAACAUGUUUUGAACAACCAUUAUGCUAUUGACGGCAUUAUUUAUCCUGCUUCUGGAUGUUACAGCCCGAACGCGCAUGCUACGCCAAAAAAAGUUGAAUGCGAUGAUCAUGAAACUUUGAUGCCCAUUGGUAUGACAUGCCUCACCUGCUUCAUUCCACGACCCAGUCGAAGCAAACACUGUAGGUAUUGCAAUGUGUGCGUUCGCCGCUUCGACCACCACUGCCCAUGGAUUAACAACGAUGUGGCGGAAGGGACGCACCGCUACUUUAUGACUUUUCUGUUUCUGCAUACCGUUUCCUGCCUAUGGGCGUCCUCGGAUCUAUUUCGAUGCAUUAAGCAAUUCCUACUCAAGAAUAACGCGUGGGGGUGGAAACUGCGAUUGAGUAAUGACCAAACGAUUACCUUAGGCUAUAUCGACUAUGCAAGGGUUCUCAUCUUUCUUCAGCCCCGCAAUGUGUUUCUGAUUUUCUUUGCGGGCAUCAUGAGUAUCUUUUUAUACUGCUUUUUCAUUUAUAACCUGAGGUUUGUAAUUCGAAACGUAACAAUCAAUGACCUCAACAAGAUGGAAGAUCUCGCAGAUUUUCUAUCCGAGAUGCCAACGUUGGAUUUGGUGUAUCAGGAGGCGAUGAAGUACUGCGAGAGGCUUGAGAAAGUCGCUUUUCGGCGCCCAAAAGCACUCUACAGGUUGCCCAAACCUCCUUUCGCAAACGAACCCGGAUACGAAGAAGGCGGCAAGAAAAAUAAAAAAUACCGCGAUUAUGUCCGGAGGGCGUUGUUGAUCGAUUUACGCGGCUUGUUCGACCGUGGGGUGUGGAAUAAUCUCAAAGAGGUGUUUUUCCCAUAUCAAGUAUUAGACGAAACACGAAUAAGCGCCGUGAAGCAAGCUACGACGUCUUCUUAG